CCUCAAUCCAUCUCCCUCUACUGCUGACUUUCGAUCGGUCUCGUUGUCAUCCAUCAGCAGUUCCUCCGACAUAGCUCCCGUAUCCGCUAGUCUCGGGGCAGUCUGCCCUUGAUUGGAUAAAGCGCCAGGGACAGCCUUCCCCUCCGCCAUUCUUGCUUUACCCGUCCAUGGCUCCCCGUCGUCUACACUUCCACGCCUGAAACCCAAUCAUCCAUAUCCACCAUGCUUCUUCUCCCUGAGCCCGCAGUUGCGCGCAUCCUCCGCCAGCUGACCCCGAAACAAUGCCAUGGCUUCCUCGACGCCAUGUGCCAGUCGUUGACGGCCGCCUCGUCCCAGACCACCUCCCCCGCAGCCGACCGACUCAUCCACCAGCCUCUCCGCAGCACCAUCACAACCAAGGAGCAGAACCUCUCGCUGUUCAUGCCCGUCUCCAACACCACCAGCACCGGAAUCAAGAUCGUCACCGCCUCCCAAGCAAAUGGCAUCAUCGGAGUCAUCAACAUCUUCUCCCCGGAGGGUAAACUACAGGGUCUCCUCAGCGCCGCGGAAAUCACGGCCUUCCGCACCGCCCUGGCCAUCAUGUCGCUCUUCGUGCGCUGCACCACCCUUAAGAAAGAGCACAUCGUGAUCUUCGGCUCCGGACGCCAGGCGGAAUGGCAUGCGCGACUCGCCCUCCGCCUCGUCCCGGAACAGAUCAAGCGCAUCACCUUCAUCAACCGCGGUCGCCGGCGCCUCACAGAGCUCGAGAAAAACGUGGUUAUCGAUCUACGCUCCGCCCAUCCUGCCGUCGCAAUGACCAUUCUGGCGAAAGAGGAUACCCCCGACUAUAAGGAACAGCUCCGCGCGGAACUGGCUUCCAGCGAUGUCAUUUUCAGCUGCACGCCCGCCACAGAGCCCAACUUCCCCUUCACUUACCUUCAACCUUUCAAGCCAAGGUUCCUCUCGCUGAUCGGGUCGUACAAGCCGCACAUGCGGGAAAUUGAUACCGAGACACUGCUCUCGGGCGGAGGCAAGAUCUACGUAGACUCCAAGGAGGCGUGUUUGGAGGAAUCCGGAGAGUUGAUCCUGGCGGAGGUGAAGGAAGAUCAGUUGGUGGAGAUUGGGGAAUUGUAUGGGCAGCGUGACAAGUCACAGCCAUUGGAGGUGCCGGAUGGGUGUAAUGUGGUGUUCAAGUGCGUGGGGAUGGGGAUUAUGGAUCUGGUGAUCGGGAAUCAAUUGUUGGAGGUUGGUCGGGAAGAGGGAGUGGGCAUGGAAGUGGAGGGGUUUUAGACUGUAAAGUUGCGGUGAUAUAUAUACUAGUAAGUAUAUAUAUAUCGGGGGUUGCGCGGAUCGAUCAGAGCGGCGAACACGGAGGAUGGAUCACAAUAGUAAUCCAGCAGUGUCGCAUUCACCUGGAGGGACUUGUCUGUCAAUAGACAACAAAUUGACUAACAGGUUCCGUCUGGAUAGUUGCUGCCUGCGAUUGGACUGUGUAGUAGGGUAGCACAGGGGGUAACGGUACGGAAGUGUAU